AUGGUUAGUACGUGGCGCAUCAUUGGUGUAUUGCUAUGGAAAAACUAUCGCACAAAACAGCGUGAAGGAAGCAUUAAUCGCGGUGAAAAUCGCAGUCGUUGGAUAUUUCCUGCGCUUGUAACGGAUAUUGUCGUUCCACUAGGAAUGUUGUUGUUGCUCAUAAAAAUAUUAUGUCAAUAUAAUGCGGACUUGAUGACGCCAGGUGAUAGUCUCAUUAAUAUCGAACAAUUAAAGGCUCUGGCGUCGAUGACGUCACAUAAUACUGACAACAUGACAAAACAGAUGGACUCGGAACCGGCAACGUUACUUUUGACCGCCUUACCGUUACUUUUGGCCCGCAGUAAUCAAACGUUGGCAAUUUUGAAUCGACAAGAAUCGGCAAUGUUUAUACAAUAUCUCGAUAAUGCAUAUCCAGGAGCAAGUGAAUUGGGAAUUCCUCGAUAUAUCGAAAUGACGACGAUUGUGCCAUUUAAUACGACCAUGUCAAAUGAAAAAGCAGAUAAAAUCUUGCUGGAUUUUCCGAAAAAAAGUGGAUUAAAUAUUUACGCUGGCUUGGAUGUAAGACGCACGAUGGUCCAAAAGGGCGAUAAUCUCUCGUAUUCAUUGGAAUUAUUGGCCCUCUUUUUUCAAAAACAAAAUUUUGAAUUGCCCGAUGAAACUCAAGUGAGUAAAUAUUUCUCGAAAGAGUUGACAUUUAAUGAGACAAUGUCGUUUCCCGAUAUUUUGCCAUUUCAAAUGUCUCUAAACAUGUUUGUGCGAGAAAAUACGACCAGAUAUUCCAAUAAUCAUGUGUUUAACGUAAGUUCACUAUCUCCUGAACUUAUUUGUUCACUUGUGGAUAAAAUGUUGGAUUUAAGUGGACUUGCAUGGGAUGUUUUUCCACGACAUUCACCAUUGGGACAAAAUGUAACCGAUUGUCAAAGUGCCAUUGAAAAGAACGAAUUAUCAACGGAUAUUUGGAAUUUUUUGAAUAAUCUCAUUAGCAAAGUCGCUUCAAAUGAUGAAUUGAAUACUUUAAGUGUAUCGACAUUGCCACCGCGACCUGCAAAUAUUCUUUCUGGACCAUUAGAAAGUAAUAUUGUUUUUUAUUUGGCCUAUUUGUUUUUAUGGCCAUACAUUCGAUUGAUUCAAGAUAUUGUCGGUGAAAAAGAAAAACAAUUGAAAGAGUAUUUACUUAUUAUGGGACUCCAGGGAUCGUCACUUUUAUUUAGCUGGUUUUUGCUGUAUUUUAUGGCUUCCAUUGUUGUGGCAAUUAUUGGCACGUUACUCCUUAGUGGCAGUAUGUUUACUGCAACGGCAGCAGGAAGUGUCUAUUUUUUUCUGCUUUUGAUACUUUUUAUAUCAAGUAUUUUGCUGUUUGGAAUUGCGAUUACACCAAUUUUUAACCAGUCAAGAACGGCAGCAGCAUGUGCUCCAUUGGUGUAUUUUCUCCUUAGUACGGGAUCUUUUGUCCGGUCGUUGGUAGGAGUUGAUGCAAUUGCAUCCUCCAAUUUACUGGCAUUAUUGUUGACAGUGCUUGAUGAUAUCAGCUCUCCGGUCGUCUUUAUGACUACGUUGCAUGAAAUUAUAGCAGUUGACGCAGUCACGUCACUUCGUCGACCACUCACUUGGAACACCGUAGCGAUACCGUGCCGUCUGAUGACGUUUCAAUGUGCAGGAUAUCUACUUCUUGGAUGGUACUUGGAGAACGUGUUUCCACGCACGUACGGAGUGCAGCAAAAAUGGUACUUUGUCUUGCAGCCGUCCUACUGGUUCCCCCAAAACUUUGAUCAACAGUCGUUCUCGGAUGAUACUGAAACGAACGAGCUCAUUCGGCUGAAUAAAUUGGACUCAGAUAGUUUUGAUGAGCGGAUGGAUGACACACUUCGUGAAGAGUCGCUCACAGAGUACUUGCAGCACUAUCGACCAGCACUUUUUGUGAAAUUACUGUCAAAGACGUAUUCCAAUGGAAAAGUGGCACUGGAAAACGUAUCGUUUGGUGUAAGGAAGGGAGAAAUAUUUGGACUUCUGGGUCCCAAUGGUGCCGGCAAGAGCACAACUUUGUCGAUUUUGAGCGGAAUUAUAUCGCCCACUAGUGGCGAUGCGUAUGUUGGUGGGUCUAUCAGCGUUGUGAACAACCCACAAGCGGUACGACAAAGUUUGAGUGUUUGCUUCCAGCAAAACAUUUUAUUCGGCGAGUUGACGGUUUGGGAGCAUCUAUCACUGGUGUGUGCCCUUAAAAACAGCCUGGGGAUCAAAACUGUCUCAGAGGAAACCUGGCGCAAAAACUUGCAGCAGUUUGGGCUCGAGGAGAAGCGUGACGCCCUGGCAAAAACGUUAUCCGGCGGCCAGAAGCGCAAACUGUCGCUCGUUUUGGCUCUGUUGGAUUCAUCUCGGGUGCUGUUGCUCGACGAACCCACCGCUGGUAUGGACCAGAAAGCUCGUUUAGAAACCUGGGACGCACUGAAGCAUGCCGUGACCCAUCGUGCCGUGAUUUUGACCACCCAUUCGAUGCAGGAAGCGCAGGCAUUGUGCGAGAAUAUUGGUAUUGUCGCUGAAGGCAAGUUGAAAUGUUGCGGCUCCAGCUUGUUUCUUCGGAAUCGACUUGGGGUGGGAUACAAACUCACCAUUGUUCGUCGCGAGGAUACCGGCCAGGACGACGAACACAGCCAUUUGCAACGACGGCAACAAGCGUGGACUGAUUUGUUGAUGAAGACGCUUCGAAAGUAUGUUCCGAAAACUACUAUCUUGAGUGACAAUAAGUGGGAAAUGCGUGUACAGCUGAAUAAUGGAGAGGAGCGGUGUUUUGCGGAUCUUUUUCGAGAGCUGGAAAAGAUGAAGCAGGCCGGGAGUAUCAAGCGCUACGCGAUUGCAGCGACUGACUUGGAGGAUGUAUUUGUGAAGAUGACCGAGGGCGAAGAUGUUUAUUAUCACGCCAAGGAUGAUGUCGAGAACGAUGAUAUUUUUGAAAGCACUGACCCAGUGCUUUCUAAAACAGAGACGACGAAGUCCAAGUCUAAGAUGCAUUUGCAAACUAUUGACACUGACAGGAAACUGCCAGGGUGGAAAGUGUCGAUUUCGCAGGUUCGAGCUUUGAUUAUCAAGCGUGCUAAGAUGUCUUUUCGGGAUAAGAAAACCCUAUUUGCUCAGUAUGUAUGGCCGCUUGCCUUUUAUGCGAUCCUCAUGGCCGUGAUUAAAAACGUGCUUACUGCGAGUGACACCAUUGAGACACUGACGACUUUACCUCCGUCUGAGAAAGAAGCAUCGUUCUUUGUAUCGUCUGCGUCAGCGGUGACAGAUUCUGUUGCGGACAUUGUUGCGCAAAUUGAACAAACUUCUAACCCGAUUGUGUUCGACAAGAACGUGCAAACUGAGCAAGCCAUGUUAGAUGUGAUUGCGCGUGAGAACGACACAACUUUUUUUGCUGGAAUAUUUGUGUCAAACGUCAACUGGACGUCAGACAAUUCACUUUCUUCCCCGGUGAUGGCGUAUUCGCUAUACUACAACGAAACAUUGCGUCGCUCGUUGCCGGUAACCCUGCAAUGGAUGUCACAAGCUUAUUGCAAAGCGCGCUUAAAGCAGGAGAAUGCAGUUGCGAUCGAUAACUGCGAUUUGAUUGUUAAAAGAGGAGUGUUUCCGGUUAAAAUUGAGAUUGGCACCGGGGUAAGCACUGGUGAAGAUGACGUGGAGUUUGACCCUGAUGAAGCUAUCAAUAUUAUGCAACGGAUAAUGAUGGCCUUUUACCUUCUGAUGACGAUGAGCUCCAUUGUGGGAUUUUAUGCUGCGCCGAUUGUAAGAGAGAAGGCAUGCGGUAUCAAGCGCAUGCAGUAUCAACAUCUUGAGACCGCUAAUGCGUCGUUCUUGUACUGGUUAUCGAACUACCUGUUCGACGUCAUGGUGUACACUUUAGCGAUUAUCGUCAUUUCUAUCAUACUCGUGGUGUUCUCGAACUCAAUGAGUAAUUCGAUCCUCGCUGCCUGGUUUGUCUCUAUGAUCGUCUUCGGUUUGGCGAUGCUUCCGUCUCAGUACUUAACCUCGCUAGUUUUCGCAUCACAUUCGUCAGCGCAGUCGUAUAUGUCGUACGCUUCGCUGUCUCAAAUUAUGGCGGCAUCCAUCGUGUUUGCGUUGUCGAUGGUUCCUGGUUUGUGUGUCAAGGCGAACACUAUCGCGCAUUUCUUGCAAAUUAUGCCAUUUUAUACGUUCAGCAUUGCGAUGCUGAAUAUCGUGACGGUGUCUUGGACUCCCAUGCGACAGCAAUGUCUUAAGGUCGACGGUGGCCUUGAUGAUGGGAACAUAUUGACUUUGUUGAAAGGUCUGGGCGACAAAUCUGAAAAUAUGGUGUGGGAUUGGGAGGUCGCUGGGAGCUGUUGGUUUACCCUCGUGGUGUUAGCUGUGGUAUACACGGUCAUGUUGAUUAUUAUAGAUCAGCAUGAAAUGUACCCGACGGAAUUCAAGUACAAGAUUGGUCUCGCAUUACGACGGGUGCGAGGCUAUUUCUGCAGGCGCUUUUACGGGCAGCGUUAUACAGAAGCCGAUCAAACUGGUGUCGAUUUUGACGAAGAAUGCCCUAACGCGGAUAUGGUGCGUGCGAUUCGAGUCUCGAAGGUCUAUAAUAUGUUGAUCAAGACGGAAUCAGGGGGGCAAAACGUAGCUGCAGAUGAUGAGGCCGAUGCUGCUGUAGUAAAUGGCAACGGCCAAGUGGUAGCCCUGGACGAUGUCAGCUUUUCUGUUGAGAAGAGAGAUUGUGUCGCACUGCUGGGCGUCAACGGCUCAGGCAAAUCAACGAUGUUUGAGAUACUGACGGCUAAAGUUUCUCCCACCGGUGGUAAGGCAAUGAUUGACGCAUAUGAUGUGACCGUGGAGGCCCGACAUGCCAGCACGAGAUACGGCUACUGUCCUCAGGAUAACAUUUACUUUAACGACUUGAGCGUACGUGAGCACCUUGAACUGUUCUACCGCCUUCGAUGCUGUAGAAGCAGCGCUAUGCUGUCUGAAGGUGCCGUUAUCGACAAGCUCAUGAAGCGGCUGGAUUUGUUCCCGGUCGAAAAAACCGCAGCUUCGCAUCUAAGCGGUGGAAAUAGGCGGCGGCUUAUGCUAGCACUGGCACUUCUGAGCGAUCACGCCUCACUCUUACUUUUGGAUGAGCCUUCUGCUGGCGUGGAUGUCGUAGCGCGGCGGCUCAUGUGGCGUGUUCUGCACGAAAAGCGGCAAAGUCGCAAUCGAACGAGCUGCCUAUUCACAACUCACAGUAUGGAGGAGGCAGAGGCUGUGUGCGCAAACGCAGUGGUGCUGCUCAAGGGGCAGGUAGUGUGGUCUGGCAGUAUUCCUGACUUAAAGCAGCGCGUAUCACGAGGAAUAUCGAUCAGUCUACGGCUAGACAGCUCUGCCAUUUGGAACCCUGACGAGGUGGAGCUCUACACUGAGCAAAUACAGCGCUCACUCGAGUCCAAGCUGUCACGAACAGAGUUGGAGCGGAGUAGCCUCCUGGUGCAAGAACUCGAGGAAGCCUGGAAGCUUUGUCACGAUCUGUUGCACAAGAGUGGUGACACCACUGCACCGACGGUUUCUCAACAACGUAACAAGGAUUGGUUGGCAGGUUUACGAGCUCGUUUCGAAUCAGACGAUAGUGUGCCAAAUGUUACUGCGGCCAUCCCAAUCGUUGAGUUCGUGCAGGAGUGGCUUGUGCAAGAAGCGUUUAUUCGUCUCGAGACUCAACUCCUUCGAGACGAAAUGACCACUCGAUCCGGUGAGGUUGUGGUUCCAGCAGACCUUGAAAGUGCUCGUGGAAGUGGCACCAAUACAAGCGGAGUGUACGAAACGUCGUGCACGGAACGUUUUGGGUUGGCUGACGUAUUUGCGCUCAUGGAAGAGAACAAAGAGCGCUUCAACAUUUCGCAAUACAGCAUUAGCGAACUGUCGCUGGAGCGCGUAUUCGAGCAGUUCCAGUGA